AUGCUGCCGGCAGCGGAGGACAGGAUGCGGCGAGAAAUGGAUAGCAUAGACGAAAGAAUGUUUAGAAGACAGAAGAUCAUUGUAGCCUUAUGCUUUCUGUCUCUCUUCAUUGGGGUUGUGAUUAACGAGAAAUGUGCUUCUGUCGACUAUAUCAACGGAUAUACAUCAGAUGGCUCUACUGUUCCUGUUCCAGACAUCGGCAAUGUUCCUCGGAGCUGUGAUUCUACCCUUGGGUCCAACUUGAAAUAUCUCUCGACUUUGCUAGCGAUCGUGAUGGUUAUUUUCAUGAUCAUGCAUUCAAAAGAUGGCCACGGGAAAGCAAAGAUCGUUAGAAUCGUUCAAAAGAAGGCUUUUACUCUUCCCAACCAAAUUCUGAGUGCAGCUAUCAUUUGUCUGGAAGUGGUCAUAGUCUUCGUCCACAUACCUCCAAAGAUUCAGAAAGAUUUUCAAGUCCAAGUCUUGGGAGUGACGAUAUACUAUAGAUUUGAGUCUAUAGCUUGUGCGAUCAUGAUUGCAAGGCUGUAUCACUCCGGAAAACUCUUAAUAAUGUUUGCAGAACAAAAUUACUUCUCCGCCAAGAAUUCGUUGCUAAUGCAGGACAUGAGUACGUUCAGGCAGAUUCAAGAUCAACCUUUAUUGCGUCGAGCAUUGGCCCUGAAGCUCCUUAUUACUAGACAUCCGAUAUACACGCUCCUGUUCUUCCUUUGCCAUCUUUUCUUCUCACAGACUUACUUGCUUCGAAUAGCUGAGGGACCUGCUUAUCAGCCUCACAGCAAGUAUUGGGCAGACCAGAUGUGGGUGAUAGUCACGCAGGGGACAACAGGGGACGGCACGUCGCAGCCGAUGACCCACGUGGGGAGGCUUGCAGCAGUGAUUGUCAUCGUUUCCAUGGCAAUCAUCCUCGCCUUUUUAACGUCUUCUACGACGCGAACGCUGCUGCUGUCGAAUCAAGAAGAAGUCUUGCUUUCAAAGCACAAACGCAAUGAAUACCUGAGUGUUGUGAUUAACUCUGCGGCGAAGAUCAUACAGCACUGGUGGAGAAAUCAACAUCUCUAUCGCAACACCCAAUCCUACAGGGGCGGACGGACGCAAGAUAGACAAAAAGCGCAACGAAACUUGGAGAAACUCAGAGUUGCGAGAAACUUGGAGAGGAUGAGAAAUUCGAACAAGAGCAUGCGGAACGUGCAGGACCGAGAGUCUUCUCCUCGUCCCAAGUCUGUUGAUCAAACAAGAGUUGGAGGAACUUCCUCAAAAUCCUGGGACUGCCUCGCACUUUUCAAGCAAGAAUCCUAUACAACAGAUGUCGCAGAGAAGAAGACAAUGUUGCGAAAAGAAUUCCUUCAUGCCGUCCAUGUCCUCAAACACUUCACGCAGGGAACGGAAGGAAACAUUCUGUCUAGCCUUGCUGCCAUGAUGCCAGCAAGUGGCUCGCCAAUGCGGGAGAGCGUCAGAGGGUCUACACGAAAUGGUCACUCAGUGACGAGGAACAGCUUCCGAGGUCAGAGAAGCCUAGCGGCUGGAUGGUCCACCAAGGAGAGGGAGUCGAGGACACCGCAAAGCAAGGCAGGACCGGAGGGAGUGAAACUUUCUCUCCCUCCUCGACGCAGAAAUGAAGUCGAGAACGAUCUGAGCGAUGACUCAGAAUUUUCUCCUGCUCAAUCCUUCUGGCAAGCCCAUCCUCUGCGCGGUAUGAAUCAGGUGAAUCAGGUUGCCGACGAUAAUGUCGAAGAAAUCAAAACCAUGCUGUCACGCAUCGAGUCAAGGAUGGAUGGCAUGCAAGGAGCCAUCAAGCUGCUGAAUCAGAAGUUUGAUUCGCUCAUGGAGCAGCAGUACCUGAUUCUCACCGAGAAGGAGCAGGAGCUCCUCGAUGAAGAGCAGCUGUCGGCUGCUCGAUCUGAGACAUCAGAGAACAAGUUCUUCGGGGAAUUCGCCGGCGGCAUGCGGCCCAACUUUCCCUUCUCAUCGGGUGGCAUCGUGAGGAUGCAGUGCGAGGCUCGCCCCACGUUCACGCGCGACAAGUCGGAGUCUGACACAGAGCUUGACACGUUCAUCACUGACAACAGCGCCAUGGCCAACACAGACAGACAGAUGCAGCCCAAACGGAUGUCAGAUACUCUACCUGCCCGCACCACCAAUGGUCCCCUUGGGAAUUCUAACACUCUUCCUGCCCGUACGGCCAACGGCCUGAGGGCUAAGACUCCUCCUCUCUCAGCAGCCGCUCCUUCCUCUGCUCUCCCAGCAGCAGCUCCUUCCUCUGCUCUCCCAGCAGCAGCUCCUUCCCCCAGCCCUGCAGGCACGCCCAACGCCGGAGUCAAUGACCUUGAGGGUGCGCCAGAACGAUCAGGUCCUCAAGUCAGUCACAAGCCAAUUCCCUUCCUCUCCCCAGAGCAGCCGGACCUCGUCCUGGUCGGAAAGUCUCCUUCAACUCGUAGGCAGGGGGGGGCGGAGCUCCACAAGAUCACUUCAGUGUCUGGCAACCGGACGAGGCUGCAUGCUAGGUUGCAAGCAGAGCUUGACCUCCGCCGCCCUCCUCGCCGCUGGUUCAUGCUUCAACAGAACCUCUCCACUGUCAACGUUGCGUCCCCUUCCUGGGUCCGCAGCAGCGACAGAGGAGCUCGGGACGGCAGCAGGGAGCACUUCACACCGCCAUCCCCAUGGGUGAGCUCGCAAUCGCCGGGCAGCAGACAGCAGUCUCCCAGCAUCCCUCCUCUACGUGUGGACAUCGCAACCAGCCAACUCAACGUGGAGAGGCAGGUGGAAGUUCAAGAGCCGUCGGGGGCAGCAGCAAAGGGGCAGAUGGGGGAAGGAGCCUCCUUCCAGCACAAACGGACGUCCGUGGGCACACCAAGGGGGGAGGCAAGGAAGGAGAGCGCGAGGGGGAACGAGCACAAGGGCGAGCAGGGCCCCGUGCCUCAGCUGUUUGUGCAUGAGUUGGGUCAGGCUCUAGAUCGCGCAGAUCAGAUCAUCCAAAUCUUCGAGAUCCGAUCAAGCCUGAAGCAACAUUGUUGUACAUCGUUGUGA